AGGUUGGGUGAGGACAUGGAGGAGGACAACCAAACAGAGACCUGGCACCGAAGCUUCCAAGCAGUGCUUAAUGCCUUGAACCAGACACUCCACGGGCGCAAAGUGGACAAACGUAGUGACCCAUAUCACGUCUACAUCAAGAACAGGGUCUCCAUGAUCUGA